ACAUAAACCUGUGCAAAGAAGGUUGUACAAGUUUAGUAUUACCAUCGUUCGUUCCGUAGCUGGUUUAACUGAUUGUGGUCAGUUACCAUUAUCACAAUGCUUCGUUAUUAUUUGUUAACGUGUGUGUUGGUGGCCGCCUACGCCCAGCUGACACCCGACAACGAGGGUGCUCAGGAUGAGGAAGACUUCCUCGGUGCACGUCACGGACUGUUGACCAGCCCGAAGCCUGAUGUGGCCGUCAAGCAAGCGGUGGUGCAAGGCAACGAUGCUGAUUUCAUUCCCCAAAACGAGCCCAACUGGGGCCAUUUCCCUAACGGUUCCGGAAUUGUUGCAUUCAACGCUCGCGUUUACCAUGACCCCGGUAAGCAAAACCCCAUCCUGACGACGACUACGCCUGCGCCGGUCAUCUACACUCCGCCCUCCGCAUUGCCCGGUCAAGCCGACUUCACCGACUGGCUGCCAUACAAUGCCAAUCUGAAUUUGACCCGCGAAACCUUCAGCGGCAUUACCCACUACCAGCUGAAUUACUUUAUGAAAUACUACAACAUGCUCCUGCAGAACAUCGUCAACACAGCUGGCGUUGCCCUGGAAGAUGCGCCGACAAUCUAUAUGAAACAGUCCUUUUACACAUUGUUCACCUGGUACCCGGAAACUAUGGCUCUUUUUGGGUUGACCAACGAAGAACAGAUCUGGAGCGAUGCUGAUACGGAUUUCAAUAUGCAGCAACUUGGAAACAACUUCCACUGGGGAGUGUUGGCUCUUGUGGCUGGCGACAACGGCACUGCGACUGAACAGUGCGAUGAGCUUGCGUACAUGUGGCAUGGAAUGAAUUUGGCUAACCAGCACGCCAAAUUUGUCCAAAUCACUGCUCAGAGUCUGGGUGAUGCCGAACAAGAGGCGGCUCGAUUCAUCCUGGGUACCACCGUCUACGAUGACGAGCUGGACUCAGCCUGGGAAAGUGUGACCCGUUUCUAUAAUGCUUUCAGUUGGCAUUAUCUGGAUAUGUACGAUCGUGACUGCAUAAGGCGGUAUAGUCCUAACCUUUUGAUCGCCCCAGACGGCGCCAUUCCACCCAACGAAAAUGGCGCCACUUUUCCGCCAAACCAACAGAAAGACCUCUAAGUGACAGUUUUAAUUUCAAAGUUCGAGAGAUUUUUCUCGGGCCGGUUGCACGGAGAGGAAGCUCUCACAUGUAUUAUACAACUUGUAAUAACUGCCAGUUACACGUAAAAUUCCGAAUAAAAAUUAACGCAAGUA